AUGAAUCCAAUAGCUAAAGAAAAUGACACCAUGGCAACCAGCUUCAAUCUCUUUGGACUAACAGAAAAUCUGGAGCUGUGGCCUCCACUCUUUGUAGUCUUUUUAAUAAUCUAUAUUGCCACACUGGUGGGGAAUCUUGGGAUGAUUAUAUUGAUCUGCAUAGAUCCUCAGCUGCACACCCCAAUGUAUUUUUUUCUCAGCAGCCUGUCCUUUCUAGAUGCCUGCUAUUCUACCACCAUCACACCUAAUAUGCUGGUGAAUUUUUUAGUAGAAAACAAAAGCAUCACUUAUGCUGCCUGCAUUGCACAAUAUUGUUUCUUUGCAAUCUUUGCCACUACUGAGUUUUUUCUGCUGGCAGCCAUGGCGUAUGACCGGUAUGUGGCUAUCUGCAACCCUCUGCUCUAUGCUUCUGUGAUGACCAAUAAACUUUGUGCAGGUCUGAUAGCAGGAUCCUACCUCUUGGGUAUUGUGAACUCCCUGAUUCAGACGGGUGGCUUGUUGAGACUGUCCUUCUGUGGUUCCAACGUCAUCAAUCACUUUUUUUGUGAUCUCACGCCCCUUCUGAAACUGGCCUGUAAUGAUAUCUACAUAAACGAGAUGCUGGUAUUCAUUUUUGGUAGCCUGUUUGAAAUGAGCACCUUGCUGGUCAUUAUAAUCUCUUAUGUAUUCAUUAUUAUAGCUGUAGUCAGGAUCCGCUCUGCUGAGGGGAGGCAUAAAGCUUUCUCCACAUGUGCCUCCCACCUCACAGCAGUGGCCAUAUACCAUGGGACCAUUCUUUUCAUGUACUUCAGACCCAGCACCAGCUACUUUCUUGACACAGACAAAAUAGCCUCUGUGUUUUACACGGUGAUAAUACCUGUGUUGAAUCCUUUGAUCUACAGUCUGAGGAACAAGGAUGUAAAAUGUGCUCUAAGAAAAGUGAUUCAGAGAAAAGUGGUAUUUCAAUAA